AUGGCCGCGACGGAGACUGAAGGAAUUGAAAUCCGUCGAACAACGCCUCUUCCAAAACUCCAAAUAUCACUCGCCUUGCUCAUCUUCCAUGCAGAGCCUGUAACCGCGACUGUCAUCUACCCUUUCAUCCCAGCAUUCGUUCGAAGGACCGGUAUUACCAACGGCGACGAGAAAAAGACAGGUUACUAUGCUGGGAUAAUCGAAUCCCUGUUUUUCGCAUCAGAAUGCCUUUCGGUUUUUCAUUGGGGUCGUGCUUCGGAUCGGAUAGGAAGGAGGCCUAUAUUGCUGUUAGGGCCACUAGGGCUCACUCUUGCAAUGUUGGGAUUUGGUCUAUCGAGAACAUUCUGGCAACUCGUCCUAUUUCGAUGUGCUCAGGGCGCAUUCAACGGAAAUAUAGGUGUAGUAAGGACCCUCGUUGCUGAGAUUGGUGUCAAACGCGUGAAGAAGAUACAUUUUGAAAACCGACUCGUUACCAUCAGAUAA